GUGUGUGUGUGUCUGUGUGUGUGUGUGUGUGUGUGUCUGUGGUGUGUGUGUGGGGGGGUUGUUUCCCGCUUGUUGAUGUUUCACACACGUUAUAACGACGCUGCUUCUGCUCCCUAUGUACAUCAGCCCCUGGAUCCUGUGUCUUUCACAGACACACACACACACACACGCUCGCACUCGCGCGCUUACACAGACGCUCUCUCUCUCUCUCUCUCUCUCUCUCUCACACACACACACAAACGCGCACACAGACGAUCUCUCACACACACACUCGCGCUUACACACGCUGGAGCUCACAGACACUUCUCCUCUUACCUGAGGAACAUUUUGGAUCUUUCCUCUUAAUGUCUGUGCUUUAAUGGGAAUAAAACACGUUAACGUUCUGAGCAAUACUGCAACUUUACCUCUCUGGGAGAAACCUACAGAACCCACAGAACCUACAGAACCUACAGAACCUACAGAACCUGCAGAAACCAGAGAACCCACAGAACCUACAGAACCUGCAGAAUCUUUAGAAACUCGUUUACAUGAGGGAAAGCAAACCUUUCUGCAGGAUAUACAGAGACUCACUGUUGCGUGUGACUGAAGAGCCGUCGUGUGAAACCACGCAUCCUCUUCAACCAGGAUCUGAAACCAUAAUCAUUUAUUAAUUGAAUUAUCCCUAAGCGUGCAAAGCUGCUGUCUACGUGGACCGGUGCUGAAGUCUCGAGCCUCACGGCCAAGAGGAGCUUGAGCUCAGCCAAAUCCAGAGAAAUGUCGACAAACGGCGCUAAAACGGUCACGGUGGACGGCCAGGUGGCGAUGGAGCUGAACGAGGUCACCUCCCAUGACAGAUUUAAACCAGAGGAGGUACAGGAGCAACGGAAUGACGACAAGAAGAAGAAGAAGAAGGAUAUUCCUGAAAGGGAAACGUGGGCAGGGAAGUUUGACUUCCUGCUGUCCUGUGUGGGAUACGCCAUCGGGCUGGGGAACGUGUGGAGAUUCCCGUACCUGUGUGGGAAAAAUGGAGGAGGUGCCUUCUUGAUUCCCUACUUCCUCACCCUGGUAUUUGCUGGAAUGCCAUUGUUCCUGCUGGAGUGUUCGCUUGGGCAGUACAUGUCUGUCGGGGGACUCGGGGUCUGGAAACUGGCACCAAUGUUUAAAGGAGUCGGCCUGGCCGCAGCCGUGCUCUCCUUCUGGCUCAACAUUUACUACAUCGUGAUCAUUUCCUGGGCUUUGUAUUAUCUGUACAAUUCCUUUACCACUGAGCUUCCAUGGAAAUCUUGCAACAAUCCAUGGAACACAGAGAGAUGUUUCACAAACUACAGCAUUGCAGACACCACCAACCUGACCAGCGCAGUCAUGGAGUUCUGGGAACGUAACGUACAUAACAUGACCGAGGGUCUGGAGAAACCGGGGCAGAUCCGCAUUCCGCUAGCAAUAACUCUGGCCAUCGCCUGGGUCCUCGUGUACUUCUGUAUCUGGAAAGGUGUUCGCUGGACUGGAAAGGUGGUGUACUUCUCAGCCACCUACCCAUACUUCAUGCUAUGUAUCCUGUUCAUCCGUGGAGUCACACUUCCUGGAGCGAAAGAAGGAAUUCUGUUCUACAUCACACCUGAUUUCGAGAAGCUGAAAGAGUCCGAGGUCUGGCUGGAUGCUGCGACUCAGAUCUUUUUCUCGUACGGUUUGGGGCUCGGCUCUCUGAUUGCUCUCGGCAGCUACAACCCUUUCAACAACAACGUCUACAGGGACUCGAUCAUCGUGUGCAUUAUAAACUCCUCCACCAGUAUGUUUGCUGGAUUUGUCAUUUUCUCCAUCGUGGGGUUCAUGGCUCACGUGACAAAGAGGUCGAUAGCUGAUGUAGCUGCUUCAGGUCCAGGUUUGGCGUUUUUAGCGUAUCCUGAAGCCGUGACGCAGUUACCCAUAUCUCCUCUGUGGUCCAUCCUGUUCUUCUCCAUGCUGCUCAUGCUGGGAAUCGACAGCCAGUUCUGUACAGUGGAAGGCUUCAUCACGGCUCUGGUGGACGAGUUCCCGGGGCUCCUGAGGAACAGACGAGAGAUUUUCAUUGCGUGUGUGUGUGUGGUGUCGUACAUCAUCGGCCUCUCCAACAUCACACAGGGCGGCCUUUACGUCUUCAAACUGUUCGAUUAUUACUCCGCCAGUGGCAUGUCUCUCCUGUUCCUGGUUUUCUUCGAGUGUAUCUCCAUCUCCUGGUUUUACGGUGUGAAUAAAUUCUACAGUAACAUUGAGGAGAUGAUCGGAUAUAAACCCUGCAUAUGGUGGAAACUCUGCUGGGUGGUUUUCACUCCUCUGGUUGUUGCAGGAGUAUUUCUGUUCAGCGCCGUCCAAAUGGUUCCUCUCAAAAUGAAUAACUACGUGUUCCCAUCGUGGGGUCAGGGGGUCGGCUGGUUUAUGGCUCUCUCCUCCAUGAUUCUCAUCCCAGGAUACAUGGCCUACAUGUUCCUCAGCACCAGGAUGAAAUCUAAAGAGGAAGUGAAGAACAGACCUGAGCAGCAGCAGCAGCAGUGUGAAAACACCGUCACUGUUUACACACACGCUUCAAACCCUGAGCAGUAAUCACCCCCGCCCCCCCCCCGCCCCCCUCCAACGCGAGAGCAAUCACACACACACAC